ACACUAGCUAGUUUCUUUCACACUACUUAUAUGCAACUUUCUAAAUCAGUAAAUCGUACUAAUUCAUCUUUCUCAUUCUUUUUUAUCACUUUCAAAAAAACAAAUUUAAACCCACUUUCCAAAAUGCAGAAUCUGAUAUGGGUUCUGAUUCUGAACCUCAUACUGAUUCUUUCAUCCUUUGUUCAGUUAUCAAAAUCAGAAACUUAUCAGACAAACAACUCAGGUUGUAAUGCAGCUGAUAGAGCUGCAUUACUAAGCUUUAAGGCGAAGAUCAUCAAGGACAAAACCGGCAUUCUCGAGUCAUGGGUGGGUCCCGAUUGCUGCGGAGGAAGCUGGGAAGGUGUUGAAUGUAACCCAGUUACAGAAAGAGUCACAGUGUUAUCACUUCAGAAACCUUCUGACAGUGAUGAAAUUUACAUGGAGGGUACAUUAUCACCUGAUUUAGGUAACCUACAAUUCCUUGAAGUGUUAGUAAUAAGUGGAAUGAAGUACAUUCGAGGAAAUAUUCCUACAACUCUUUCUAGUUUACGACACUUAAAUCAGCUCGUGUUGGAGGGUAACUCUCUCGUAGGACCUAUCCCUACAAACAUAGGCCGUCUUCCUAAUCUUAAGACCCUUGUGUUAGGUGGAAACCGUCUCAAGGGUCGGGUCCCACCUAGCUUAGGAAAUAUUAAGGGUCUAAUCCAGCUCAAUUUAGCAAAAAACUACCUUACAGGUGAAAUCCCAACUACCUUCAAAAACUUUCAGAGUUUGCAGUUUCUUGAUUUUAGUCACAACUUACUUUCUGGGGUAAUACCUGGUUUUUUAGGGCAGUUUCAUAAUCUGACUUACAUUGAUCUUUCUUAUAACCAUCUUUCUGGUUCAAUACCCAUUUCAUUAUGCAGCCUUACCGCGCUUUCAAGUGUUUCUUUGAGCAACAACCACCUCAUAGGAAAGAUCCCUAAACAAAUUGGUGCCCUUAAAUCUCUCACAAGUCUUUCCCUUAGUAAUAAUCAUAUUAUAGGUCAAAUACCUGAAACUCUUGCUAAAUUAGAGAAUUUAUGGUACUUGAAUUUAUCAAGAAAUGGAAUCACAAAUCCUUUGCCAAGUACCCUUGCUAAAGGGUUGCCAUCUUUGUUGUCAAUUGACUUGUCCUACAAUAGUCUCAGUUUAAGGACAGUUCCUGAUUGGAUUAGGAACAAAGAACUUACUGCAGUCCAUUUAGCUGGUUGUAACCUAAUAGGAACUCUACCAAGUUUCAGAACACCAACCUCUUUAACCUCCAUUGACUUCUCCAACAACCAUUUUGUAAACGGGUUAUCCACUUUUUUAACAAGAAUGUCGAAUUUACAGUUUCUCAAGUUAUCCAACAACCAACUCAAAUUCGAUGUUUCGAGAAUCGUGUUGCCGAAAGGGAUAUCUUCUAUUGAUCUAAGCUCAAACCAGUUCUUUGGUCCACUCUCGGGAAUCCUCAAUGACCACACAACAAGAUUCCUCGAAGUUAUUGACGUCUCAAAAAACAGAAUUUCAGGCAAUAUUCCUGAAUUUAAGGAAGGGUUGAAUUUGAAGGUACUCAACAUAGGGAGUAACAAGCUUUCUGGGCAUAUACCAAACUUGAUAUCAAACUUGGUUGAGUUACAGAGGUUUGAUGUUUCGCGAAAUCAUAUUUCCGGGGUUAUUCCAUCAAGUUUAGGGUUGCUGGUGAAGCUGCAAUGGUUGGAUUUGUCUGUUAACAGUCUCAGAGGGGAAAUUCCGAGUAGUUUGCUUAGAAUCACAAAAUUGAGGCAUGUGAGUUUUAGGUCAAAUAAAUUGUGUGGAGAUAUACCACAAGGUAGACCUUUAAAUGUGUUUGCUGCUGCAGCUUAUGCACAUAACCAGUGUUUGUGUGGUAAGCCUUUACUUCCUUGUAAGGGAAAGAGGGGAACUUAAAUUGGUCAGUAAUAUGCUGACUCUUUGUAACAAACAGAAAUAGUCUACUACUACAUUCUUUUUUUCUGAUGCUUGCCUCACAAGCAUCCUAUAUUGUACUUUUGCUUAACUCUUUAAAGUUUGAUUUCACUAAGCUACCUCUUGAAAGACUAAGGCUCCGUUUGGUUUGGUGUAAAACGUUUUCAGUGCAAAAUGAUUUUUCAGGGA